CCAGGAGGAGUGGGGCCUCUUGGACCAUCCUCAGAAGGAGUUGUACAAGGGGGUCAUGCUGGAGAAUGCCCGGAACCUGCUCUCCCUGGGGCUUCCAGUUCCCAGAGAAGAUGUGAUCUCUUUCUUUGAGCAGAGGGAAGCACCGUGGAUGCUGGAGCAAGAAGGCCUGAGGAACCUCUGUCCAGAAAGAGAGACCAGACUUGAAAUGAAGGAGACACCUACAGAGCUAAGCCUUUCUAUGGAAGAAACUCACAAGCAGAGAUUCAUGAGUGAUGGUCCUUGUGACUUCACUUGGAGAGAAAUCUGUGCUGUACAUCAGAGAAUCCACACUGAGGAGAACCCUUAUGAACAUAAUCAGUGUGAUAAAGCCUUCAGUCAACAGUCAUCCCUUAUUUACCAUCAAAAAAAUUCAGGAGAGAAACCACAUGAGUGUCACGAAUGUGGCAAAGUUUUUAGUGAACGUGCAUCCCUUAUAAUACAUCAGAAAAUUCACACUAGAAAGAAAACUUAUGAAUGUAAUCAAUGUGGAAAGACAUUCAGAUAUAGGAAUGACAUUGCUGUACAUCACAGAAUCCACACUGGAGAGAAACCUUAUGAAUGUAAUCAGUGUGGAAAGACUUUUACACAGAAGGGUGGUCUUACUGUACAUCAGAGAACACACACUGGAGAGAAACGUUAUAAAUGUAAUCAGUGUGGAAAGACUUUCAGAUGUAGCUCCAGCCUUCCUGUACAUCAGAGAACCCACACUGGAGAGAAACUUUAUGAAUGUAAUCAGUGUGGAAAGACUUUUACACAGAAGGGUGGUCUUACUGUACAUCAGAGAACACACACUGGAGAGAAACGUUAUGAAUGCAAUCAGUGCGGAAAGACUUUCAGGUAUAGCUCCAGUCUUCCUGUACAUCAGAGAGUCCACACUGGAGAGAAACCUUAUGAAUGUAAUCAAUGUGGAAAGGGUUUCAGAUCCAGCUCCAGUCUUACUCAACAUUGGAGAAUCCACACUGGAGAGAAACCUUAUGAAUGUAAUCAGUGUGGAAAGACUUUCAUAAAGAGGGCCAGUCUUACUUUACAUGGCAGAAUCCACACUGGGGAGAAACCUUAUGAAUGCAAUCAGUGCGGAAAGACUUUUGGAUGCAGUACCAGGCUUGCUCUACAUGAGAGAAUCCACACUGGAGAAAAACCUUAUGAAUGUAAUCAAUGUGGAAAGGCUUUUACGCAGAGGGCCAGUCUUGCCUUACAUCAGAGAAUCCACACUGGAGAAAAACCGUACCAAUGUAAUCACUGUGGAAAGACUUUUACAGAAAGGAGCAGUUUUACUGUACAUCAGAGAACCCACACUAAAGAGAAACCUUAUAAAUGUAGUCAAUGUGGAAAGGCUUUCACACAGAGGGCCAGUCUUGAUCACCAUCAGAGAAUCCACACUGGAGAGAAACCAUAUGAAUGCAAUCAAUGUGAAAAGACUUUCCGAUACAGCUCCAGUCUUACUGUACACCAGAGAAUCCACACUGGAGAGAAACGUUAUGAAUGUAAUCAAUGUGGAAAGACUUUUACAGAGAGGAGCAGUUUUACUGUACAUCAGAGAACCCACACUGGAGAGAAACCUUUUGAAUGUAAUCAGUGUGGAAAGACAUUCAGAACUAGAUCUGGUCUUGCUGUACAUCAGAGAAACCACACUGGGGAAAAACCUUAUAAAUGUAAUCAGUGUGGAAAGGCUUAUCCACAGAGGGCCAGUCUUGAUCAUCAUCAGAGAAUCCACACUGGAGAGAAACCUUACGAAUGCAAUCAAUGUGGAAAGACUUUCACCUGCCGCUCCAGUCUUACUGUACAUCACAGAAUCCACACUGGAGAGAAACCUUAUAAGUGUAAUCAAUGUGGAAAAACUUUUAGAUGUAGUUCCAGUCUUCCUAUACAUCAGAGAAUCCACAAUGGAGAGAAACCUUAUGAAUGUAAUCAGUGUAGAAAGACUUUUACACAGAGGGCUGGUCUUACUGUACAUCAGAAAAUCCACACUAGAGAGAAACCUUAGGAAUGUAAUCAAUGUGGAAAAACUGUCGAAAAGAAAGAAUCUUUCUGAAUAUCAGAGAAUCCACAUUGGAGAAAAACCUUAGGAAUGUAGUCAGUGUGGAAAAACUUUCAGAUGUAGCUCCAGUGUUCCUGUACAUCAGAGAAUCCUCAAUGGAGAGAAACCUUAUUAAUGUAAUCAAUGUGGUCAAGCCUUCAGGAAAAAGUCAGCUCUUAUUUCCCAUCAGAAAAUUCAUAC